GCAGAUUAUUGGCUCAAAAAGUGCCUCUCUCAUUGUUCUCUCCGCAGCCAACUUUUGUACUGUAUUUCCUUCAGCCUGAUCAUCUUGCCGUCCGUACACUCAUUAUCGCCAUUUCUACAGUGCUCGACCUGCUCUUAUUAAAGGCAUCUUUUCACUUAUUUGUUGCGGACAUAUCUGGUCAAGAUGCCUGCGACAUCGAAAUCUGUGGCAGACCUCCCACGAUUCCUGCUCCCUCGUCUUACUUGGACCACUGCCUCAUUCGCUCAGAGUGCACCACAAACAUUACCAACACGGCUACCGAGACUACAUUUACAAACAAUAACAUCGUUCAAGUCGGUCUCCCUGCCUCGAUCAAUACAUACAGGGACCGCUAGAUCCCACCGUUACUCCACGCCUCCGUCUAAGAGACAGCGCCUCUCGCUGCAGCCCUUGCGCUCAGACUCCGCUCCCAUUCGACACAAUGGCGUCUACGUCGCUGUAUUCAAACCGGCCCGCAAGGCAUUCUCGACGACUGCCGUACAGAGAAAAGAGCAUCACUUUGACACUUUGAAGUUUGUCCAGAGGUUGAAAGAGGAAGGCUUCAGCGAGGAACAAGCCGUUGCCAUGAUGCGGGUUUUGAACGACGUGAUAGAAGAGUCGAUUCAGAAUCUAACACGCACGAUGGUCUUGAAGGAAGACGCCGAGCGCAGCACGUAUACUCAGAAAGUCGACUUUGCGAAACUACGGAGCGAGCUGUCAAAUGCCGACAGCACGGAAGCACAAUUAACAAGGUCCAGCCAUGAGAGACUGUCCAGUGAUCUGGCCAAGUUGAGCUCGAGACUGAGGGAUGAGAUUGGUCGAACCCAGGCUAGUGUCCGGUUGGAUCUGAAUCUCGAGAAGGGCAGAAUUCGAGAAGAGGCCAAUGGCCAGGAGAUGCGCAUCAAGGAAACCGAAGCCAGAAUUGAACAAGAGGUUGCAGGUUUGAGAGAACGUGUCGAGGCGGUCAAGUUCUCGACUCUGCAAUGGCUCAUGGGCGUCUGUACCGGCACGGCUGCAUUGAUUCUCGGUGCUUGGCGUUUGUUGAUGUGAGAAGGUCGAUACUCCAUCUGUACGAUAUACUAAGCAGGGCGAAUCCGGACAUCGUGGUUUUUGAGUCAAGUCGUUUCAGCCAGCACGGAGGUUUUGCCAUUAUCUGCUCACAUGAAAUGAUCUUUCAUUGGCUGUCACCGAUUAGUCAAUGCGACGACGGUCGAUAGACGGUUACUUUCACAAUCCAACUAUCUUCUUUUGCUGACUCGGAUUCCAUCAGUCAGCCAAUGUUUCUUGGCAGCUUUGAUACAGUGAUCCU